AUGGCGGGCCCGGCCCCGCCCGCGGCCGACGAGCUCCCGGGCCCGGCCGCCAGGCGCCUCUACUCCAGGAUGGAGGCCUCGUGUCUGGAGCUGGCGCUGGAGGGCGAGCGUCUGUGCAAGGCUGGCGACUUCAAGGCGGGCGUGGCCUUCUUUGAGGCUGCUGUGCAGGUGGGCACGGAGGACCUGAAGACACUGAGUGCCAUCUACAGCCAGCUGGGCAACGCCUACUUCUACCUGAAGGAGUAUGCACGGGCACUGGAAUACCACAAGCAUGACCUCCUGCUGGCCCGGACCAUUGGUGACCGCAUGGGGGAGGCCAAGGCCAGUGGGAACCUGGGCAACACGCUCAAGGUCCUGGGCCGAUUCGACGAGGCCAUUGUCUGCUGCCAGAGGCACCUGGACAUCGCCCAGGAACAGGGGGACAAGGUCGGGGAGGCACGGGCACUCUACAACAUCGGCAACGUGUACCACGCCAAGGGCAAGCAGCUGUCCUGGAACGCCGUGCAGGACCCCGGUCACCUGCCGCCCGACGUCCGCGAGACGCUGCGCAGGGCCUCUGAGUUCUACGAGAGGAACCUGUCCCUGGUGAAGGAGCUGGGUGACCGGGCGGCCCAGGGCAGGGCCUAUGGCAACCUCGGCAACACCCAUUACCUGCUGGGGAACUUCACCGAGGCGACGACCUUCCACAAGGAGCGCCUGGCCAUUGCUAAGGAGUUUGGAGACAAGGCGGCUGAGAGGAGGGCCUACAGCAACCUGGGGAAUGCCCACGUCUUCCUGGGGCGCUUCGACGUGGCCGCCGAGUACUACAAGAAGACGCUGCAGCUGUCCCGGCAGCUCAGGGACCAGGCGGUGGAGGCGCAGGCCUGCUACAGCCUGGGCAACACCUACACGCUGCUGCAGGACUAUGAGCGUGCGGCCGAGUACCACCUGCGGCACCUGCUCAUUGCCCAGGAGCUGGCUGACAGAGUGGGUGAAGGCCGGGCGUGCUGGAGUCUGGGGAAUGCCUACGUGUCCAUGGGGAGCCCAGCUCAGGCCCUGACCUUUGCUAAGAAGCACCUGCAGAUCUCCCAGGAGAUUGGGGACCGCAACGGGGAGCUCACAGCCCGCAUGAACGUUGCGCAGCUGCAGCUGGCGCUGGGCAGGUUGACCAGCCCGGCGGCUGCAGAGAAGCCCGACCUGGCCGGCUAUGAGGCCCAAGGGGCCAGACCCAAGAGGACGCAGAGGCUGAGCGCAGAGACCUGGGACCUGCUGAGGCUCCCCCUGGAGCGGGAGCAGAACGGAGACAGCCACCAUGCAGGGGACUGGCGGGGGCCCAGCAGGGACUCGCUGCCCCUCCCCGUGAGGAGCAGGAAGUACCAGGAGGGUCCAGAUGCUGAGAGGAAGCCCCGGGAGGGCGGCCACUCCCCGCUGGACAGCGCGGACGUCCGGGUGCAGGUGCCUCGCACGAGCAUCCCGAGGGCCCCGUCUUCAGACGAGGAGUGCUUCUUUGACCUGCUGAGCAAGUUCCAGAGCAGCCGCAUGGACGACCAGCGCUGUCCCCUGGAGGAGGGUCAGGCUGGGGCCGCCGAGGCCACAGCUGUCCCCACCCUAGAGGAGAGGAUUGCCCCGCCCACGAUGACGGCCUCCCCGCAGACUGAGCAGUUCUUCGACCUCAUUGCCAGCUCCCAGAGCCGCCGGCUAGACGACCAGCGGGCCAGCGUGGGCAGCCUGCCCGGGCUGCGCAUCACGCACAACAACGUGGGGCACCUGCGCGGAGACGGGGACCCGCAGGAGCCGGGAGACGAGCUCUUCAACCUGCUCAUCAAGUACCAGUCUUCCAGGAUCGAUGACCAGCGCUGCCCGCCACCCGACGUGCUGCCCCGAGGCCCCACCGUGCCGGACGAGGACUUCUUCAGCCUCAUCCAGAGGGCACAGGCCAAGCGGAUGGACGAGCAGCGGGUGGGCCUCUCCGCGAGCCCGGAGCGGGAGGCAGGUGGGCCGCCUGAGUCCCGGCAGCCCUGUCCGCCCGGCACCAGCUAAGGCCUCACACCAGUGGCCAGGCCCGCCCCACCCCCACUCUUGACGCUGGGGGGCUCACAGUUGUCCACGAUGCCCACAGCCCCCCAAAAGCUGAAUCCU